CCUUCAAUCUCUCAUUCUUCAACGAAUUAGGGUUUCUGAACGCCACUGCCGCGGGAGAGAAGAAUUCGUAUCAGAGCUUAAAGAUGGGUCACUCUAACGUUUGGAACUCUCAUCCGAAGAAUUACGGACCUGGAUCUCGUACCUGCCGUGUCUGUGGAAACCCACACGGUUUGAUCAGGAAGUAUGGGCUUAUGUGCUGCAGGCAGUGUUUCCGCAGCAACGCCAAGGAAAUUGGAUUCAUCAAGUACAAGUAAUUUCAAGGUCAUUUGGGGGAUUUCGAGUCUUCAUAAUGCAAACUCUCGUCGUUUAUUUUAAUGUUUUAGCUGUGUUUCUUUUUGUUUCAUCGGGAAUUAUGCGACAGUAAUAUUGGGAUAUUGAAUUUUAUUUAAAUUUUUGAUGUUUUAAUGAACUAUUGCACUUUCUAUUGA